AUGGAGCUUCCCUACACCAACUUGGAAAUGGCAUUCAUUUUAUUGGCUUUUGUUAUCUUUUCCUUAUUUACCCUGGCUUCCAUCUACACUACUCCGGAUGACAGUAAUGAAGGUAAAAGAAGAAAAAAAGAAAAAAGAAAAAAAAAAAGAAAAAAGAAAAAAGAAAAGAAAAAGCAUAUAUGCUUCUCUUUCUUUCUACAUAGGGCUUAA